AUGGAUUUUACAACUAAUUUUGAUUGGGAGGGAAAUCUUACUGAUGCCUCAAAUCGAUGGUCAGCCGCCGCGAAAUUCGAGCAAAAAUGGAUUGUUGAAGCGGAAGAGUCGCUGCUUGGCGAGCUUUUCGACCUUAUCCACCCAAUCUAUUGGCAGUACGUCCAUCGAGAAUGCCUGGAAUUGGAUGGGAUGUAUCAAAAGUACAACGAUCAAAAGCUCGGCCUAAUCUUCUUAGCAAUUGCUGUAGUAUUCGAAUUUCUCUAUCUCCCGGUCGUGUUAGUUAUGCUAAAACCCGAAUUUAUUCAACAUUCUUGCUACAAAAUUAUGUUGGCCAUGGGUGUUAUCGAUUUGGUGACAUUAAUAGUUAAUGGCACCCAAGCGAUUGUUUUCGGUUAUUUCCUACUCGUUGGCGGCUCAAUCUGCUCGUAUCCAUUAACAAAUGUUUGGUUAGGUAUUUGGGCGUUAGCAUUGUGGUAUGGCUAUUCUGCCCUUUCGGUUCUACUCGGUCUCAAUCGGGUGCUCCAAUUUUCCACUCCAAAGCUCGCGGAGCAACUCUUCGACAAGCACCGAAUCUAUUUCUGGCUCGGCAUUCCAAUUUUCUACAUGGUUAUGACACUACUAAAACGCACCCGUGUCAAUUCAACCCAAUCC